CUUGAAGGCACAAAUACCAUCGUAUCAAUCUCCAUUAAAAUAUGGAACCAGCUACGAAAACACGUGGGUUCUCAGGGCCCAUCUAUAUUGACCCCGCUACUUAAAAACCAAUUAUUUAAACCUUCCCGUACUGACCCCGCAUUUAUGACUUGGCACGAUCAUGGUAUCACCACUGUGAAAGACCUCUAUGCAGACGGAGUGUUCUCAUCCUUCACUGAACUCUCUUCCAAAUACGAUCUGCCGAACUCCCACUUUUUUCGUUUCUUUCAGGCGCGGGACUUCGUAAAGAAGCAGUUUCCACACUUUCCAAAUCGUCCUCCGGAAACUCUUAUAGAUACAUUGUUAUCUUUGAGCCCUAAUCAUAAAAAAUGUAUCUCCGUGUUAUAUACCUCCUUAAGCUCAGUUGCUCCAAACUCUAUAUCAGUGAUAAGAGCCUCGUGGGAGAGCGAUCUUAAUACCAACAUAUCCGAUCAACACUGGAACUCGGCCCUGAAACUGGUUCACUCCUCCUCAAUAUGUGCCCGUCAUAGUCUCAUCCAAUGCAAAGUAAUCCAUAAAAUUCACUACACUAAUUCAAAACUAUCCAAAAUCUACCCCACUGUUAGCAAUACCUGCAAUAGAUGCAAACAAUCUCCGGCUGAUCACGUCCAUAUGUUCUGGUCCUGCUCUAAACUAUGUUCCUUUUGGGAGGACAUUUUUGACACAAUUGGAAAAGCAUACGGUCAAAACUUUCCUCCCAACCCAUUAUCAGCCAUUUUUGGCGUAUGCCCCGAUAACAUGUGCCCGGUACCACUAAAACGCGCUGUUGCUUUUACGACCUUGCUAGCCAGGCGAUUGAUCUUGUUUAAUUGGAAGCUGGCUCGCCCCCCCAUCACAGCCGUUGGAUUAGAGAGGUUCUCUACAAUCUAAAACUGGAAAAACUUAGGUUUUCGCUAAAGGGCUCGGUUCAAGCAUUUGAAAGCUCAUGGAGCCCUUUUUUGCUGUAUGUCAACUCUCUUGACCUAUGCCCAGAUGCAGAUGAGGAAUAAUCUCCCUUUUAUUUAUUAGUAUUAUUUUAUUCUAUUUUUUAUUUUAUUAUAUAUUAUUAUUAUUAUUAUUAAUUUUUAUUUUAUUUUAUUAUUAUAUAUAUAUAUAUUUUUUAUUUUAUAUAUAUAUAUCUGUUUGUCUCUGGCCGCGUAUGUGUGUGUGUGUGUGUGUGAGAGAAUGUGUCUGUCUUUGUCGUCUUACUUGUUACACAAUUGCGCCAUUUGUCCCUCGUUAGUGGGACCUGAGUGGGGUGGGAGGGUGGGUGGGUGGUUUGGGUUUUAAGGGAAAGGGUGUGAAUCAUUUACUGCCUUUAAAAUUGUACUGUUUUGACUUGUACUUUUUUCUGUCUGUUUGAAAAUGCCAAUAAAAAAAGUUGGAAAAAAAAAUAAAAAAAAUUAUAAACCGGUCAGACAGCUUUGCGUCCAACUGACAACAUGACCACACCUCAAGAGCAGACGUGUUCUUUCACUUGACAGUGAUUUUAUCGAAGCAAGACAACAAAAGGAAUGGCAGACGAGGUGCACAUACCGGAGAGAAGAAUGGUCCUGAUUGGUGAUAGAUGGAGUGGUAAAAGCUCCUCUGGCAACACCAUACUCAAGACAGAAAGUUUCGAAUGUGGCCGGACGAGAACCGCACAGUUUGAAAUGAGACAUGAAAAAGUAGAGGGCCGAAAUCUGGUGGUGGUUGAUGCUCCGGGAUGGAAGCCCUCACGGUCCCUCAGAGAGAUCCCAGAGGGGGAAAAACAACGAUUCAAACUUAAUGUCUGUAAAUGCCUGCCUGGGCCUCACGCUUUCCUCCUUGUCAUUCCUAUUGAUUCUGCCUUCUCCAUCGACCAGAGAAAAACUGUGGAGGAACACAUGAAGCUCCUGGGGGAACGGGCAUGGAGAUACUGCAUGGUGUUGUUCACUUGUGGUGACGUCCUGGAAAAGAAUACCAUUGAACAGCACAUCGAGAGUGAGGGCCCAUCGCUCAAGUGGUUGAUAGAAAAGUGCAAUGACAGGUAUCACGUGUUAAACAACAAGGACAAGAGCAACUCAUCUCAGGUCACACAGCUGAUAAAGAAGAUUGAUGAGAUGGUGGAAGACCACAACGACGGCUUCUACGAGCUAGACGAGUGUACACUUCUCACCAUUGAGAAAAAACAGGAAGAAGUGGUUAAGAAGGCCGUAGAGAGAAGGAGGCGGGCAGAAGAGCACAGAAAGCAAAUGGAAGUGGUCACUGCGGAAAUAAGCCUCCGGAAACUUCAGAUCGUUCUCCUGGGGAGUCGGUUCGUCGGGAAAACCUCCGUAGGAAACACCAUCUUGGGAAUCAAAGAACAUGAAAGGGGAAGGACAACUCAAUCGCUGGUCCAACAAGGCUCUGUAGGUUGGACGAAGAUAACAAUUGUGGACACGCCAGGCUGGUGGAAAAGCUUCGCUGCCUGCGACACUCCAGAAGUGAUCAAAGAUGAGGUGAAGCAGAGCAUCUUCAUGUGUCCACCAGGUCCCCAUGUAUUCCUCCUCGUGAUAGAUGCAGAAUCAUCCUUCAACGGCAAGCACCUGGAUGCAGCCACCAGUCAUGUUGAGCUGCUGGGGGAGGGCGUGUGGAACCACACCAUGGUAGUUUUCACCAGGGGUGAUUGGCUGGGAGAGCGCACCAUAGAGGAAUACAUUGAGGGAGAGGGGAAAGCCCUACAGUCUCUAGUGGAUCGAUGCGGUAACAGAUAUCAUGUUCUGGACAACAACAAUGAAGAUGAUGGCACUCAGGUCAACCAGCUGCUGGAAAACAUCACUGUGACAAUAGCAGGGAACCAAGGCCGACAAUUUAUACCCGAUAACCAGAUGCUGAUGGCCCUGACGAAGAAAACAAGACAAGUAGAAGAGGCUGCCAAGCUGAGGCAAAGCCAAGUGAAGGCUACACGAGCAGUCGGGAAAGGUUCUACCUACAAGUUAAAAGAGCUUAGAAUUAUGAUACUUGGCCAAAAGCUGGCUGGAAAGACAUCCGUAGCAAAUUACCUCCUGGGAAGCACUGUGUUCCCCACACAUCCGAACGAAGAGUGCAAUGUGCAGACAGUGCAGGUUGCUGACAGAGAAGUCACAGUGGUCGACACAAUGGGAUGGCAUUGCGAGUCCUUCCGCUGCUGCGAGAAGCAGGACCAAGAACUAGUCAGAGGUCUAACGUUGAGCCCAAAGGGUGUCCAUGCAGUUCUGAUAGUGAUCCCAUUGGACCUGAAAUUCAAGGAGGCUGAGCAGGAUGCCCUUGAGGAUCACGUGAAGCUCUUUGGUGACAUUGUCUGGAACCACACCAUUGUUUUGUUCACAAACCCGGACAUCCUGGCAGAUAUAUCUCUGGAGGAGUACAUUGAGAGAGAGCACCGUGCGCUACAGUGGCUGUUGGACAAGUGUGGAAACAAAUAUCACACUUUGAAUACAACAAAGAAAGCAGGUUUGAGCCAGGUCACCCAGCUGUUUGAGAAGAUAGACGAGAUGUCAGCAAAGAACAGGGGCCACAUUUUCCACCCUGACAAGAAGGAAAUCAAUCGAAGGAUUGAAGAAAAGUUCCAAAAGAAAAAACUCAUAAAUAGUCUUGAAGACUCAAUGAAGGAGGUGUGCAGAAGUCGUGAGUUGCAGCUCUUGGAAAAAUACAAGAAGAGGCUUCAUGAUCUGCACAAGGACAUAUCAGACAUUCCUUCCUUUCCAAAGCAACUGAGCAUCAGCAAAAAGGACAAAGACAAGAAGAAGAAUGUGCUGUCAAGCAUUGCUGAAGAGAUGGAAGAGCUGGAUAUCACCAUUAAGCGAUUAAGAAACAGCAGCAUGUCCUUCCUGCAGCCUACGAUGAGCACUAGCGCACCAAACUCUGACAAUGUUCUGGAAUGGCUGGAAUGGAAAGUCAAUCAGAUGACCAUCAAUCACUCAAGGACAUCAGACUACGGAUCUUCGUCUACGCUAAAUGACAGUUUCUAAAGUUUAUCUACAGAAUGGGGUCAUUUUGCUGUUUUUCAGCGCAAUGUACAAUUCCACAAAACUGCUUACUCAGUGUUUUCCAUUUGCUGUAUCCCAAAAUGUAAACUUUGGCUCUUUUAAAUUAAUCAAAAUCAUAAUAUUUUGAAUUGUAUGUAUAUGUAUGUAUAUACAUAUAUGUAUAUAUGUAUACAUAUUCAAAAUAUUAUAAUUGAUAUGUUUGUAUGUGUGU